AUGAUCGCUCGCGCCUGUGCGGGGGCGGGCCCGGACGGGCUGCACGCGUGCCCGGUGUGCGCGCGCCGCUACAAGCACCGCGAGAACCUGCUGCGGCACCAGCGGCUGCAGUGCGGGUGCGCGCCGCCGCGCUUCCAGUGCGCCAUGUGCCCCUACCGCGCGCGCCGCAGCGACAACCUGCUGCGCCACGUGCGCACCGUGCACCAGCGGCCGCCCGUGCUGGCGCUGCUGGGCGAGCCGCCGGCCGAGGACGCGCCCGACACCAAGCCGGCGCUCGCGGACCUCAAGCUGGGAGGGCUCUAG